GCUCAACCAUCGUCACGUCCAUAACAAAACUUUCGAGCUUGAUCAGGCCCGCCCUCCUUUUCGACCUUUUCAAUCAAGCAACAUCAUCCGAAUUGACUCGCGUCCGUCAAUUUGAACGUCAAUUGCUAUCCACGCGCUCUACCCUCAUUUGGCUCCAUUAGUUAUAUCGGGCUUGAAAUCGCAACGAACCAACAAACGCAACGAUCGCGACGAGCGCUGAGAACAAAUACUCCAACAUGGCUGAAAAGAAGACGGACGCCCCGGCAACCAACAUGCUCUGGGGUGGCAGGUUUACAGGUGGGAUUGAUCCGCUCAUGCACAAGUACAAUGCCUCUAUCCGAUACGAUAAGGCUCUCUAUAGAGAGGACAUUCUUGGAUCGAUCGCUUUCGCUAGGGCUAACUCGAAGGUUGAUAUUAUUACCAACAACGAAUUUGAGACGAUUGAGCGUGGCCUGCUCAAAGUGAUGGAAGAAUGGAAGCAGGGAACUUUUGCUAUUAUGCCAAACGACGAAGAUGUUCAUACUGCAAAUGAGCGUCGAUUGGGAGAGCUUGUCGGAAAGGACACCGCUGGCAAGCUUCAUACAGGUCGUAGCCGUAAUGAGCAGGUCGUCUGUGAUAUGCGUAUGUGGCUACGUGACCGCAUCCGUGACAUCGACGGCCAACUCGUUGCCUUUCUUCAAGUCCUCGCCAAACGCGCUGAGGCUGAAAUCGACUACCUCAUGCCCGGCUACACCCACUUGCAACGAGCGCAGCCAGUUCGCUGGGGUCAGUGGAUAAUGUCACAUGCUACUUCGUUCAAACAGGAUCUCGAGCGAUUGCGCCAGGUCUUUGAAAGGGUCAACCUUAGCCCACUUGGUUGUGGCGCAUUAGCUGGCAAUGUGUUUGGCAUUGAUCGAGACGCAAUAGCUGCAGAGCUUGGUUUUAGCGGAAUCACUCUGAACUCCAUGAACACUUCAGGCGACCGCGACUUCAUUAUUGAGUUCCUAAACUGGAACUCAAUGUUCACCAGCCAUAUCAGCAGGUGGGCUGAAGACCUCAUAUUAUACUCUACUUCUGAGUUUGGGUUUUGUCGUUUGGCAGAUCUUUAUAGUACCGGCAGCAGUUUAAUGCCGAACAAGAAGAACGCUGACAGUUUGGAACUCUUGCGCGGCAAGUCAGGCCGUGCUUUCGGUCAAAUGGCUGGACUGAUGAUGAGCGUGAAAGGCUUACCAACUUGCUACAACAAGGACCUUCAGGAGGGAUGGGAACCCAUGCUGGAUUCAGUCCAAACUGCUUUGGACAGUCUAGGCAUUGCCAACGGGGUUUUCGCUACCAUGACCGUGCGACCUGAGCGGAUGUUAGCUGCCCUUGACAAGACAAUGCUUGCUACUGAUGUUGCAGAGUGGCUAGUGCGAAAUGGAUGUCCUUUCAGGGAAGCUCAUCAUAUUUCUGGACGCAUUGUUGCAUUAUCGGAAUCCACGGAAACCCCGAUGGAUAAGCUAUCCCUGGAGCAACUGCAAGCUAUUGAUUGUCGAUUUACAGCCGAUAUUGUCAAGGCUUUCGAAUACGAGUCGAGUGUUGAGGCAAAAUCGACCAAGGGCGGUACAAGUCGAUCAGCUGUGCUGCAGCAGAUUCAAGAACUCUAUGCUAUCUUAGAUUAGAGGUCUGAUGGCCCGGUGCUGGAUAAGGAUGGAAUAAGGGGAGAUGUUUGAGGUAAAUAUGCUUUAGUCUAUAGCUGAAAGGCAUCUUGAACUCGAAUCAACCACGGAAUCAUCCAAUGUAUGCUUCUCCUCAAAUCUCAUUAAGAGAUCCCCCGCAUGUUCACCGUCUAGGAUGUCCUCCAGAGGUUCAUCGUCUG